UAGUGGUGCUUGAGAUCAUAGCAGUCACAUGUAGGUGUCAACGUCUUUCACAAGAUCGCUUUCGGGAUUCGGGUGCGAAAUUGAAACCAUGGAGCGGGGCCACCGCCUCAAGUGUUACUGUGAUAUCUGCAGUGAGGAUACCAAUCACACCUGUGAAACCGACGGCAUCUGUUUCGCCACCACCACAAAAUCCAAGACGGGCGCCCUCGUGCACGAAUACAGGUGUCUCCACAAAAAAAAGAUGUUCCCUCCUGACAAUCCAGUGGCGUGUUCAAAGUCUGGCUCGCACAAUCCUACCCAUAUGGUCAUAAACUGCUGCUCCAAUUAUGACUUUUGUAACCGCGAUCUCCGUCCAACCUUUCCUGCGGCCACAGAGGCUUCAGGCGACACAGCGGUGGGCUCGUCGUGGCCAAGUACACAUGAGCUGGCCUUUGCCAUUGGAGGCCCCAUAUGCCUUGUGUGCGUGGUGCUCAUGGUGGUGUACCAGCUGUGGCAGCAGCGGAGGCGCCAUUUUCGCUAUGAGAUGGAGACAAGCUUGGAGAGUGAGCCCAUCCUGCUUCCACCCGGGCAGACCAUCAAGGAUAUGAUUGAGAUGACCACCUCUGGCUCGGGCUCAGGGUUGCCACUGCUGGUGCAGAGGAGCAUAGCGCGUCAGAUCCAACUGGUGGAGGUCAUUGGCAAAGGCCGUUACGGUGAAGUAUGGCGAGGCCGGUGGCGUGGUGAAUCGGUUGCAGUGAAAAUAUUCUCUUCGCGGGAUGAGCGGUCAUGGUUUCGUGAGGUGGAGAUCUACCAAACAGUGAUGCUGAGGCACGACAACAUCCUUGGCUUCAUAGCCGCCGACAACAAAGAUAAUGGAACCUGGACGCAGUUGUGGCUCAUCACAGACUACCAUGAAAAUGGGUCACUCUUUGACUACCUGAUGAGGAUUCCAGUGGAUACAGCAACAAUGUGCAAGAUGGCAUACUCCAUUGCCAAUGGCCUGGCACAUUUGCACAUGGAGAUCCUCGGUACCCAAGGAAAACCAGCCAUUGCUCAUCGUGACAUCAAAAGCAAGAAUAUUUUGGUGAAGAGCAGCGGGGCGUGUGCCAUUGCUGACCUGGGACUGGCUGUGCGUUAUGACUCUGCCACCAACUCGGUAGACAUCCCACCAAACCCACGUGUAGGCACCAAGCGCUACCUGGCACCUGAGGUGUUGGAUGAAAGCAUCAACAUGAACCACUUUGACUCGUUCAAGCGUGCUGACAUCUAUGCCCUGGGGUUGGUACUUUGGGAGAUUGCCCGUCGCUGCAACAUUGGAGGCAUCUAUGAAGACUACCAGCUGCCCUACUAUGACCUGGUGCCAGCUGACCCAACCAUUGAGGAGAUGCGCAAGGUGGUUUGCACAGAUCGGCAGAGGCCCGCCCUCCCUAACCGCUGGCAGUCGUGUGAGGCACUGCGGGUCAUGUCCAAGAUCAUGAAGGAGUGCUGGUACCAUAAUUCGGCUGCCCGGCUGACGGCGCUUCGCAUCAAGAAGACCAUUGCCAACCUUGGAGCUCAGGAGGACCUGAAAAUCUGAAGGAGGAGGACCACAGAUCAUUUCUUUCCUGUGCCUUUUGCCACUCCACGCCAGGGGUGACGUUCUUCGACAGUGUUUCCUGCCCUCCCUUCUUUUUUGCCAUCUUGUUGUGUGAGCCAGAGACAUCAAAAUACAGGCUUUUGAGGCUUGGCUCUGUGAGUGGUGACAUUAUGUGACUGAUGGAUAGCUGCUGCUGGUUUUAAAAGUGUCUGCAUGUUGUGAGUUUUCAUUUUUUUAGCCUCAAGUAAUUUAAGUUGCAAGUGAUAGCUGGCAUCAUCCCAUGUGAACUGCUCAGUUUUUGUGUGUGGGAUCAACGCACAUGUACCAGUGUUUGCGAGCAAACAGCACUGUUUUCCUGGAGCUCAUGAUGCUUCUGUGGGCAAUUGACGGGGAACUUGCCUGUUCCUUGCCUGGGGGCUGCCCAUGCAUGUUGGCUUCUGUGAAAUACUCCGGUUUGUGAUUACAGCAGCUGGGUUGCAUAGCACCAGCUAAGCUGCUGGGUAGGUGAGUGCAUUUGUGCCCCUAUUCUCUUCCUGGCCAUUGUGCAGGGCAUUGCUGUCACACAGCAGUGUUGUUUGCUGUGUCAUGGGAAAUUCAUUACCACUAUCUUGGCUGGAAUUUCAUGGGCAAGAUUUUAGGUACUAAUAUUUUAUCAAUGAAAACUCAGUGCUAACUUACUUUAAGUUCAAGGAGUACUGACACAAAAAUUCAGUGACCAGCUUUUGCCUUCUUGGGUAGCUGUUGACUCCAUAGUUACGGUAUGAAGCCUCAGUUCCUAGAGAGCGCCAUAAAUGAAUAAUUGAAGCACCUGUUUUAUGGCCUGUCCAAAAUGCUUGUCAAGUGUGCGCAGCCUUGGAUGUGAAAAAGGUUAUUGAAGUCGCCAAAAAUGGACGUGGCAAGGUGUGGUGGUUGUACGCCAUAGAAUGACUUGUCUCUAAAGCUGCCAAACUGGCCCUUCCAAUUGUUCACUUCUCUUGAAAACGCAGGGGGACACCCCCUCCCCUCUUGUCCUAUGGGGUGCUGAAUGAACUCCGCUUUAGGCACCAUGGCCACUGUGUGUGUACCCUUCUGUUGUGUCUGAUACCACGAGACCACCACAACAUGCCUUGGUGACGAAAUGUGUGAUGCGUGACAAAAUGGAUGAGCAGCAUGGCUCUGGACGAGAAAUGAGCCACGCUGCUCUUGGUAUGCAUUUUGAAAUGGUUGUAUUAAAAGGACACGUAAUUGAUUAUUUCUUGGCGCUCUCGGGGAAUUGAGACUCCAUAGCAUAAUUACUGUGUCGAGGUCUAACCAAUAAAUAAAAACAGGACAACAAUUUUCUGCAGUUCUCCUUUGAGCCUUUACAGGUAGCAUUGUCGCAGGAUAACUUGUUAAAUGUUCUUAUUCUUGAUGUGCAUUUCGCAAUUAAAGGGAUGCUGAAAAAGAA